AUGGCAUUGGCUGCGUGUAUAUCUGGAUGGAAACAUUUGAAACAAGUAGUUGUUGUUGAUGGGACUCACCUCACUGGUAAGUAUAAGGGUUGUCUAUUAACGGCCAGUGGACAAGAUGCUAAUUACCAGGUAUUUCCAAUAGCGUUCGCCGUUGUUGAUGCAGAGUCUGACAAGACGUGGAGGUGGUUCUUUGAGAAGUUGUUAGAAAUAAUUCCAGAUUCCUCUGAUCUUACUAUUAUCUCGGAUAGGCACGGUGGAAUUGCCAAAGCUAAAAAGAAAUGGUAUCCACAGUCACACCACGGUGCAUGUCUUGUCCAUAUCCAGAGAAAUGUUCACGCUAAAUACAAAGGUUCCGGUCAGAAAGGGUUGGUCGGAAAGGCUGGAGAAGCGUUCACAGUUUCUAAUUUCAAGAAACUAUACGCAAGGCUGAAGGAUGUUGAUUAUGGUUGUUGGGAGUACAUGGAAAAAAUCCUUCUUGCGCUGUGGACUAGAUCACACUUUUCUGGUCAGAGGUAUAAUAUGACCUCUAGUAACAUUGCAGAGUCUCUGAACAAUGCACUAUUAGCUCCAAGAGACAGUCCAAUCGUUGCAAUGCUAGAAUUUAUCAGGCGAAUGUUAAGUAGGUGGCUUGAAUGCAGAAGAGAGACCAUUCAAAAGAUGGAUGGUGACAUUACAGAAGAGGUUGACAAGUUAAUGAACCUGCAGCAGCAAAAAUCUGCUGCACUUUCGGUUCAAGGCAUUUCUUUGUGGGAGGUUGAAGUGAGUUCUGAGUUCGGUGUACGGAGGCUUGUUGAUCUCCUAAACAAAACAUGCUCAUGUCUAGAGUUUCAGACAUUGAAAUACCCUUGCCGACAUGCAAUGGCCGCGGCUAGGCUUCGCCAAGUGGAGUACAGCAGUUUGGUUGAUCCAAUUCUUAAGAAAUCAAUUUGGAGUGCAACAGUUUGUGGCAAAAUCCUACCAGUGCCCGACCCUGACGACAUUCGUAUCCCAGCAGAGGUGCGUGACCUUAAUAUUAUGCCACCUAAGGCAAAACGUCCAUCAGGAAGGCCUACGGCGAAGAGAAAACUUUCAGCAGGAGAGUAUCCUCAGGUUGCGAAAAAAAAGAAGCCAAACAAAUGCUCUAGAUGUGGAAAUGCCGGCCAUAACCGGGCAAAAUGCAAGGAACCAUUGGGUUGA